AUGGGCGCCCCCAAUGGUAUUGCGCCGGUCAACGGCACCGCCAAACACGACAUCCCCUCACAUUUCAUCGGUGGCAAUAGUUUGGAUCAAGCGCACCCGAGCAGCGUGAAAGAUUUCGUCGCUGAGCAUGGCGGUCACUCUGUCAUCACUUCGGUUCUCAUCGCCAACAACGGUAUCGCCGCCGUCAAGGAGAUCCGCUCCGUACGGAAAUGGGCCUACGAGACCUUCGGCAACGAGCGUGCCAUCCAAUUCACCGUGAUGGCCACGCCCGAAGAUCUGCACGCCAACGCCGACUACAUCCGUAUGGCUGACCAAUACGUGGAAGUGCCCGGUGGAACGAAUAAUAAUAAUUAUGCCAACGUCGAGCUGAUCGUCGAUGUUGCGGAGCGCAUGGAUGUCCACGCCGUGUGGGCCGGUUGGGGUCACGCCUCCGAGAACCCUCGGUUACCCGAGUCCCUGGCCGCGUCGCCGAAGAAGAUCAUCUUCAUCGGUCCUCCCGCCUCAGCGAUGCGCUCGCUGGGUGACAAGAUUUCCUCUACCAUUGUCGCCCAGCACGCCGGUGUGCCCUGUAUCCCCUGGUCCGGAACCGGUGUUGAGGCCGUGAAGAUCGACGCCAACGGAAUUGUGACCGUGGAGGAUGAGACCUACAACAAAGGUUGCACAUUCUCCCCCGAGGAGGGUCUGGCGAAGGCCAAGUCGAUUGGCUUCCCCGUCAUGGUCAAGGCCUCCGAAGGUGGUGGUGGUAAGGGUAUCCGUAAGGUCGAGAAGGAGGAGGACUUCAUCUCCCUGUACAACGCGGCCGCCAAUGAGAUUCCCGGAUCGCCCAUCUUCAUCAUGAAGCUGGCCGGAAACGCCCGCCAUCUGGAGGUUCAGCUGCUUGCAGAUCAGUACGGUAACAACAUCUCCCUCUUCGGACGUGACUGCUCCGUCCAGCGUCGUCACCAGAAGAUUAUCGAGGAGGCCCCCGUCACCAUCGCCAAGCCCAUCACUUUCCAGGCCAUGGAGAAGGCUGCUGUCAGCCUGGGUCGUCUGGUCGGUUAUGUGUCUGCCGGUACCGUCGAGUACCUGUACUCGCACGCCGAUGACAAGUUCUACUUCCUCGAGUUGAACCCCCGUCUUCAGGUCGAGCACCCGACGACUGAGAUGGUCUCUGGCGUCAACCUGCCCGCCGCCCAGCUUCAGAUCGCCAUGGGUAUCCCCCUGCACCAGAUCCGCGACAUUCGUCUGCUGUACGGUGUGGACCCCAACACCUCCUCCGAUAUCGACUUCGACUUCUCCAGCGAGGAGAGCUUCCAGAUCCAGCGUCGUCCCCAGCCCAAGGGCCACACCACCGCUUGCCGUAUCACCUCCGAAGAUCCCGGCGAAGGCUUCAAGCCUUCCAGCGGUACUAUGCACGAGCUGAACUUCCGCAGUUCGUCCAACGUGUGGGGUUACUUCUCCGUCGGUACCUCCGGUGGUAUUCACAGCUUCUCCGACAGUCAAUUCGGUCACAUUUUCGCCUACGGUGAGAACCGUUCCGCCUCGCGAAAGCACAUGGUUGUUGCUCUGAAGGAAUUGAGCAUUCGUGGUGAUUUCCGUACCACCGUCGAGUACCUCAUCAAGCUGCUCGAGACUCCCGCUUUCGAGGACAACACCAUCACUACUGGCUGGUUGGAUCAGCUGAUCUCUAACAAGCUGACUGCUGAGCGUCCCGACCCGAUCAUUGCCACCAUUUGCGGUGCUGUCACCAAGGCCCACCUUGCUAGCGAGGCUGGUGUUGAGGAGUACCGUAAGGGUCUGGAGAAGGGUCAGGUGCCUUCCAAGGACGUCCUGAAGACUGUUUUCCCUGUUGACUUCAUCUACGAAGGUUACCGCUACAAGUUCACGGCUACCCGUGCUGGUCUGGACAGCUACCACCUGUUCAUCAACGGCUCCAAGUGCUCCGUUGGUGUCCGUGCUCUGGCCGACGGUGGUCUGCUGGUUCUGCUCAAUGGCCGCAGUCACAACGUCUACUGGAAGGAGGAGCCCGCUGCCACUCGUCUCAGUGUCGAUGGCAAGACCUGCCUUCUGGAGCAGGAGAACGACCCCACCCAGCUCCGCUCUCCCUCCCCCGGUAAGCUGGUGAAGUUCACUCUCGAGAAUGGCGAGCAUGUCCGUGCCGGUCAAGCCUACGCCGAAGUUGAGGUCAUGAAGAUGUACAUGCCCCUGAUCGCCCAGGAGGAUGGUAUCGUCCAGCUCAUUAAGCAGCCCGGUGCCACCCUGGAGGCUGGUGAUAUUCUUGGUAUCCUUGCUCUGGAUGAUCCCUCCCGUGUCAAGCACGCCCACCCCUUCACUGGCCAGCUCCCUGAGAUGGGCCCGCCUGUUGUGGUUGGUGCUAAGCCUCCUCAGCGCUUCUUCCUGCUCCACACCAUUCUGCAGAACAUCCUGCGCGGUUUCGAUAACCAGGUCAUCAUGGGUGCUACCCUGAAGGAGCUCGUCGAGGUCCUCCGCAACCCUGAGCUGCCCUACGGAGAGUGGAACGCCCAGUCCUCGGCUCUGCACUCGCGUAUGCCCCAGAAGCUUGACGCCCAGCUCCAGAACGUUGUCGACAAGGCCAAGGCUCGGAAGGCUGAGUUCCCUGCCAAGCAGCUUCAGAAGACCAUCUCCAAGUUCAUCGAGGAGAACGUCAACCCUGGUGAUGCGGAGAUCCUCAAGACCACUCUUCUGCCUCUGGUCCAGGUUAUCAACAAGUACCUGGACGGCCUGAAGACCAACGAGUACAAUGUCUUCAUUGGUCUGCUCGAGCAAUACUACGUGGUUGAGAAGCUGUUCUCCACCGGCACCAAGCGUGACGAGGAUGUCAUUCUGAAGCUCCGUGAGGAAAACAAGGAGGACAUCACCAGCGUUGUCCACACCGUCCUCUCCCACAGCCGAAUUGGUUCCAAGAACAACCUGGUCCUUGCCAUACUGGACAUGUACCGCCCCAACCAGCCCAACGUCGGCAAUGUCAGCAAGCACUUCAAGCCCAUCCUGAAGAAGCUGACCGAGCUUGAGGCUCGUGCCGCCGCCAAGGUCACCCUCAAGGCCCGUGAGGUUCUCAUCCAGUGUGCUCUGCCUUCCCUGGAGGAGCGUCUGUCCCAGAUGGAGCACAUCCUGCGCUCUUCCGUUGUCGAGUCCCGCUACGGUGAGACCGGCUGGGAGCACCGUGAGCCCGACUUCGGUGCCCUGAAGGAGGUUGUUGACUCCAAGUACACCGUCUUCGAUGUCUUGCCUCGCUUCUUUGUUCACCAGGACCCCUGGGUCACCCUCGCCGCUCUGGAGGUCUACGUCCGCCGUGCCUACCGUGCCUACACCCUCAAGGAUAUCGAGUACAACGCCUCCAAUGAGCCUCCCUUCCUGUCCUGGGACUUCACCCUGGGCAAGCUGGGUCAGCCCGAGUUCGGCUCCCUCUCCUCUACUCAGCCCUCUACUCCUGGCACUCCUACCGCCGAGACCAACCCCUUCAAGCGCAUCAACUCCAUCAGCGACAUGUCCUACAUGGUCAAUGACCCCUCCACCGACCCUGUCCGCAAGGGUGCCAUCAUUCCCGUCCAGUACCUGGAAGAUGCUGAGGAGCACCUGGCCAAGGCUCUGGAGGCCUUCCCUAAGGUUGGCACCGCCAAGCGUGCCGAUGCUGGUCUGAUCGCCAACCUGGAGGGCAAGCGCCGUCCCGCCGUCAAGACCGAGAACGACAACGAGCUGACCGGUGUCUGCAACAUCGCUAUCCGCGACAUUGAGGACCUAGACGACUCCCAGCUCGUUAGCCAGAUGCAGAAGAUCCUGAAUGACAACAAGGAGGAGCUGCUUUCCCGCCGUAUCCGCCGUGUCACCUUCAUCUGUGGCCGCGAGGGUGUUUAUCCCGGCUACUUCACUUUCCGUGGACCUACCUACGAGGAGGAUCUGUCCAUCCGUCACAGCGAGCCUGCACUGGCCUUCCAGCUUGAGCUGGGCCGUCUUUCCAAAUUCAAGAUCAAGCCCGUCUUCACCGAGAACCGUAACAUCCAUGUUUACGAGGCUAUCGGCAAGGGUCCGGAGAACGAUAAGGCUGUUGACAAGCGCUACUUCAUCCGUGCUGUCGUUCGUCCUGGUCGUCUCCGUGACGAUAUCCCCACCGCGGAGUAUCUGAUCUCGGAGGCUGACCGUCUGAUGAACGACAUUCUGGACGCCCUGGAGAUUAUUGGCAACAACAACUCCGAUCUGAACCACAUCUUCAUCAACUUCUCCCCCGUCUUCAACCUGCAGCCCACCGAUGUCGAGCAGGCACUGGCUGGUUUCCUGGACCGGUUCGGCCGUCGCCUGUGGCGCCUGCGUGUCACCGGUGCUGAGAUCCGCAUCCUGUGUACCGACCCUGCCACCGGCAUGCCCUACCCUCUCCGUGUCAUCAUCAGCAACACCUACGGGUUCAUCAUCCAGGUUGAGCUGUACAUUGAGCGCAAGUCCGAGAAGGGCGAGUGGAUCUUCCAGAGCAUUGGCGGUACCACCAAGCUGGGUUCCAUGCACAUGCGCCCGGUCUCUACUCCUUACCCUACCAAGGAGUGGCUGCAGCCCAAGCGUUACAAGGCUCACCUGAUGGGCACUCAAUACGUCUACGAUUUCCCUGAGCUGUUCCGCCAGGCCUUCCAGAACAGCUGGACCCGUGCCCUUGAGAAGAUUCCUUCCCUGGCCAGCCAGCGCCCCCUGUUGGCGAAUGACACCGACAGCUUGGUUGAGGUCUCCCGUGAGCCCGGUACCAACACCCACGGUAUGGUUGGUUGGCUCGUGACUGCUCGAACUCCUGAGUACCCUCGCGGCCGUCGCUUCAUCAUCGUCGCCAACGAUAUUACCUUCCAGAUUGGUUCCUUCGGUCCCCAGGAAGACAAGUUCUUCCACAAGUGUACCGAGCUGGCUCGCAAGCUUGGUAUUCCUCGCAUCUAUCUGUCUGCCAACUCCGGUGCCCGUAUUGGUAUGGCCGAUGAGCUGAUCCCCUACUUCUCUGUCGCCUGGAACGAUGCCGCCAAGCCCGAGGCUGGCUUCAAGUACCUCUACCUCACCCCCGAGGUCAAGAAGCGUUUCGACGCUGCCAAGAAGAAGGAAGUCAUCACUGAGCUCAUCCACGAUGAUGGCGAGGAGCGUCACAAGAUCACCACUGUGAUUGGUGCCAAGGACGGUCUUGGUGUUGAGUGUCUGAAGGGCUCUGGUCUCAUUGCCGGUGCCACUUCCAAGGCUUACGAGGACAUCUUCACCAUCACCCUGGUUACCUGCCGUUCCGUUGGUAUCGGUGCUUACCUGGUUCGUCUCGGCCAGCGUGCCAUCCAGGUCGAGGGCCAGCCCAUCAUCCUGACUGGUGCUCCUGCCAUCAACAAGCUGCUUGGCCGUGAGGUCUACACCUCUAACCUGCAGUUGGGUGGUACUCAGAUCAUGUACAACAACGGUGUCUCCCACAUGACCGCCAACGAUGACUUCGAAGGUGUGCAGAAGAUCGUCGAGUGGAUGGGCUUCGUUCCCGACAAGAAGGGUGCUCCCAUCCCAAUCCGCCCCUGGUCCGACGACUGGGACCGCGAUAUCGGCUACUACCCGCCCGCCAAGCAGGCCUAUGACCCCCGCUGGUUGAUUGCCGGUAAGCAGGAGGAAGAGGGCUUCCUGCCCGGUCUGUUCGAUAAGGACUCCUUCGAGGAGGCUCUUGGUGGCUGGGCCCGCACUGUGGUUGUUGGUCGUGCCCGCCUUGGUGGUAUCCCCAUGGGUGUCAUUGCCGUCGAGACUCGCUCCGUCGAGAACGUCACCCCGGCCGACCCUGCCAACCCCGACUCCAUGGAGAUGAUCGCCCAGGAGGCCGGUGGUGUCUGGUACCCUAACUCCGCCUACAAGACCGCCCAGGCUCUCCGCGACUUCAACAACGGUGAGCAGCUGCCCGUUAUGAUCCUUGCCAACUGGCGUGGUUUCUCCGGUGGUCAGCGUGACAUGUACAACGAGGUGCUCAAGUACGGUUCCUACAUCGUCGACGCCCUCGUCAAGUACGAGCAGCCCAUCUUCAUCUACAUUCCUCCCUUCGGUGAACUCCGUGGUGGAUCCUGGGUCGUCGUUGACCCCACCAUCAACCCCGACCAGAUGGAGAUGUACGCCGACGAGGAGUCCCGCGGUGGUGUCCUCGAGCCCGAGGGUAUCGUCAACAUCAAGUACCGCCGCGACAAGCAGCUGGACACCAUGGCCCGUCUGGACCCUGCCUACGGCGAGCUCCGCCGCUCACUGGCGGACACUUCUCUCAGCAAGGAGCAGCUGGGCGAGAUCAAGGCCAAGAUGGCCGAGCGCGAGGAGCAGCUUCUGCCCGUCUACCUGCAGAUCGCCCUUCAGUUCGCCGAUCUUCACGACCGUGCCGGCCGCAUGCAAGCCAAGAACACCAUCCGUCAACCCCUGCGCUGGCAAAACGCUCGUCGCUUCUUCUACUGGCGUCUGCGCCGCCGUUUGAGCGAGGAGCUGAUCGUCAAGCGCAUGGCCGCCGCCUCCGCUACCCCGGCCCCACUCACUGGUGCCGCUGGCGCCAUCCCCGCCGAGGGCGUCCACACCACCUCCGAGUCGCCCCGUGCUGCUCACCUCCGCACCCUGCAUGCCUGGACCGGUAUGCUGGAUGAUGAGCUGGAGCACGACGACCGCAAGGUCGCCAUGUGGUACGAGGAGAACAAGAAGGCUGUCCAGACUAAGGUUGAGUUGCUGCGCACUGAAGGCGUUGCUUCUGAGGUUGCUCAACUCUUGAUCGGGAACAAGGAGGGUGGUCUGCGUGGUGUGCAGCAGGUUCUCUCGAUGCUUCCUGUUGAGGAGCGCGAGUCUGUACUGAAGUAUCUGGGCUCUGCUUAG